AAGGAAGCUCCAUUCCACUACUUCUUCGCAAAACCAACAAUGGCUUCCCCCAAGCAUACAGCCUUCGCCGCGGUGGUAGCUUUUAUGCUAGCCACCACUCACGCGCAGCUCAACCCUUUCUACUACGCUUUGACAUGCCCUCUCCUCCCCGGGAUCGUCCUCGACGUGGUCUCCCGAGCUUUAAAGACCGACGACCGAGCUGCUGCUAAGCUCAUCCGCCUCCAUUUCCAUGAUUGCUUUGUCAAUGGGUGCGACGGCUCUGUUUUGCUGGAGGAUGCACCAGGCAUCGACAGUGAACUAAACGCACCUCCCAACGAUGGGAUUCAAGGGGGUGACAUCGUGGACAACAUCAAAGCAGAAACAGAACGCUUCUGUCCGGGCGUUGUCUCCUGCGCUGACAUCCUAGCCAUUUCGUCUCAAAUCUCUGUUUUCUUGUCAGGAGGGCCAAUUUGGGUAGUGCCAUUGGGUAGAAAAGACAGCAGGAUAGCCAAUAGAACAGGAACCUCAAAUCUCCCCGGUCCAUCAGAAACUCUCAAAGGACUCAAAGACAAAUUUGGGGCUCUUGGGUUUGAUUCAACCGAUCUCGUGGCUCUAUCAGGAGCCCACACGUUCGGGAAAUCCAGAUGUAUGUUCUUCAGUGGACGCUUCGACAACUUCAACAACACCGGCAGACCCGACCCAACGCUCGACCCUGCUUACAGGGAGCAGCUCCGACAACUCUGUACAACCCAACAAACAAGAGCGAAUUUCGAUCCAACCACACCGACCAAAUUCGACAAAGCUUAUUACAGCAAUCUCCUGAACCUGAAAGGCCUUCUCCAAAGUGACCAAGAGCUCUUCUCCACACCCAGGGCUGACACGACUGCCAUCGUCAAGAACUUCGCCGCCAACGAGCGUGCGUUCUUUAAACAAUUUGUGAAAUCCAUGAUCAAAAUGGGUAAUCUCAAGCCGCCUUCCGGCAUCAGAUCAGAAGUCAGAUUAAACUGUAGAAGGGUCAACGCAGCCAGUGGGCAUGAUGUUAUGUAAUAUCAUUCCUCUUGUAACCUCAAUAAUCAAAGCUUCAGCUUUGAAGAUCUAUCUAUUUCAUCCACUAGCGUCGGAUAUCAAACCCAAA